GUAUAGCCGAAAGUAGUUGCAAAAGAGGCAGACAGUUGAGAGCCAACGGCUCAACAGUCAACAUCUCUUCGGCGGUCGGAGUAGUUUUGAAAUACAACAUCCAGGUCUAGCGCGACUGUUGUUUUUCUUUUUCAUUUGGGACUCAUCAUCUUCUUCUUAUUAUUUUUUUUCACGAAGGACAAAUCUGUGCGUUGUGUGUGUGUGUUCGUGUGUGUGUAUCCCUCAAACGUUUCGUCCUUCGUUUGUUAAUUUCCAGUUCUUCUUUACGUAGAAGAAGAAAUUUGGAAAAAAGAAACAAUCGUCGUGAAAGUGAAUCGAUUCACCGAUGAAAUUGAAACGUUGACGAAACUACAAAGUUCUUGUUCCGGGGAAAAAAAAAAAUGAGUCCUACGGUUUGGUCUGAUGGUGAAGAAUCAUAGGGAAUUUUCGAUUGUUUUUAUUUUUUUUUAUUUUUUUGUCUUUCCUUGAUUGUGCGCUAACGAGCGGAACUGGCCAGUAAAAAAAAAAUAAGAAAAAAAAAGGGCAAAAAAUUGUUGAUUUUGUUCGUGCGUUCGGGUUCAGUCACGCAAUCUAUAACAAACAAAAGAAGCACAAAAUAGAAACAAGAAAGACAAAAGGAAAAGAAAAAAGAAGAAAACCAAACAUUAACGACAUGGCGUUUCGCGUACGUGAAGGCAAAGUUGUUCCGCCUUCCUUGCGAUCCGAUCACCUUGCCAACCGCUAUGUCCUGACCGGUCCGAUGAGUCACGGGCCUGGCGGCGGAUGGCGGAUGCCCCCCGUUCGUGUCGUUGGACCGCAAUCUCAUCACUCUUCUUUCGCUCCGGUAUUCGACGGUCAUCGUGAUCCACCCGAGGACAAGUCGUCUAAUAACAAAUACCUGUUUCGCUCAUCGCAACCUCACCUGGUCCAACCUCAAGCGCAUCUGUGGGCCAGCCAUCAACAAGAGCCCGGCUCGUUGCGCGGCCAUCCGCAGCAAGCAGGCUCAUUGCGCAGUCAUCCGCCGAUGUUGCCACUACCCCCAGCACCGGGAGGCACGCAAGGGGGCGGCAGCGGAGCUAUGAAGAAACAGCAACCAACGGUAGGCAACAACUCGCAACCGCUGAGACGAGCCGUUUCAUUCCUGGAUCGGCCCGAUUUGGCCCAGUCGAAGCAGACGAGCGCUGGCAAACCAUCGAAGUCGCUCAAAUUCCAAGAGGAAGAAGAAGUCACGUACGAUCCGUGGGCGGUCGAGAACGGAGCGUCGAAGCAGCCGACGAAGGAGAACGCGGUCAAGAAGAUGGGCCGCUCGAAGAGUUUCAUGGACGCGUCGCAGAACGGGGACGGGGCGCCAGUUUCGGCCGCCAGCGAAGGAAAAGUGCGCAAAAUGCUGCGCAAAAGCGCGUCGAUUCUCUACCCGUCUUGGCUAGCGGCUGCCCGCCGCAAUAGCCAGUCGCAUCAUCCGUCCGAACAGCAACAAUCAGCGGCUGAUCCGCAUGCGAAAAAGGAAUCGCCAAACGCUGCGAGUAAGCGACCGGCCAAGGACGAGCCCGGCCACCAGCCGUUGAACGUCGACGGCCAUCACGAGAUGGAGAACGGACGAGAGUCGGGGACGGAGGCGACGCUUUACGAGCAUUCCACGCAAAGAGCAGCUGCAACAGGUGACGACGAUUACGGUUGGGAAUCGAUGGAGAAAAACGAUCGCCUGCCGGCAGCAAAAGCAACAGAAACAACAACAACAACAUCAACAACUUCAGCUGGGAAAAGUGUGGCUGCGGUAGACGAUCCGGCGACGGCAGUAGGCACGGCCGACGUAACGACAGCAGGGCCGGCACCCCGCCGCUCGGUCCAAUUGCCACGCUUAGGCGAGCGCAAUCGCAUCGUCGUCCAGCCUUCUUCUCAACAGCAAUCGUCUCCCACGGUGGGCGAUCACCCGCAGACGGGUUCAGUCCUCUCUUCGUCGUCGUCGUCGACUUCCUCCUCGACAUUGCCCAACAGUAGGAAGCCGACGACCAGCAAAUGGCACAUUUCUUCCGGCGGGCCGAAAUCGCUGGCCGUUACCACCGUUCAGGUGGGUCGUCAGCCCACGUCAGCCCCGACAUUCAAAUCAGCCGAGAGACGAUGGCAGAGUUUGAUCGUUUUGCCCGAUUUGAACGAUGCCAAAGCCUACGACGAUGGCAGCAGCACCAUCGACCAUCCCCGAAGCUGCUAUCCGGCCAGCGGCUCCGUCUACGGCGAGAUGCUCGAUCAGCAACACAAGAGGAGGAACAAAUCGAAGAGCGGUUGGAUGGGUGCUGGCCAAGGCAUCGGAGGGUCGACCAGCUUCUUGGAAAUCGAGCGCGAUUACGCCACAGUCAGUUGGGAGGAUUUGAGCGAUUCGCAUUUGUACCAUCAUUUGCAUCCGAUGAAAGCGCAAUCGCAUACCUCAUUAGCUAUCGGCCAGCACGGCCAGCAACAGCAGCAGCAGCGCUUGAUAUCGUGCCCGUCGUACGAAUCGCUGGACGACUAUCUGAUCACGUCGGACGACGAGUCGCGCCGCCACCACCACCGCAAGACGUCCCAUUCGAUCAGCCAUUCGCAAUCGCAAUCGCAGCUCGUCUAUUGCGACAGUUUCGAGAGUUUGCCCAGGCCGCCGCCGCCCGCCGACGCCGACUACAGCCCUCCCGACAUUUCUCCCGACGAUUCGUCUGAAACGCACCGCGGCGACCGCGAAAACGGCCCCGGCGCAGGCAAGAAUCGCGUCCGCGUCAAGCUGCAACGUCUGCCGACGUUCAUCCAGCGCCAGGAAGCCUGGCAACGCAAGCCGUGGAAUCAGAGGGCCCAGCAACAGCAGCACCAGCUCAAGGUCUUCUCCUGCUCGUCGUCGGCAAUCAUUCCGGAAGCUGAUUCGCCGCAGCCGCCGGCAAGCGGCCACAAUUGGCGCUCUCGCACCAGCGAUCAGGAAGAGGAGGAAGUGGAUGAAGAAGAAGACGAUGACGACGAUGACCUUUCCCGCGCUCCCGACCUGAUCCGUCAUCGGAGCGCCGUUGCUGUGACAGCCCGCGCAGGCGCAGCUGCUCUUGGUAUCAAAAGGUCGAUGCCAACUGGCAACAGCAAUCCAGAUCCCGUCUACUGGCACGACUGGCUGCCGCCGCCAGCCGCUCUGCUCGACUGCGGAUGUGGCCUUUGCCGCGUUACGGCCAGCAUGAACGCAUCGGGCACCUACCAACUGAGGGCCCCCAUGCCGCCGUCUUUAUUUGCGGCCCCGCAGCCGCCGUCUCGGCCACCUCCACCGCACGUCUUCCCUCCGCUUCAAUUGCAUCGCCAGAAGCAACAGCAACAGCAACAACAACAACUUCAUCACAAGUACCAGCUGCAGCAGCAACGUUUCCAGCAGCAAAUGCGCCAGUUGCCCGCUAUAUUCGGACACGCAGCAAAGAAUAAUAAUUCAGCCAUCCGGCGAGAUGCCUCUUUCCAGCACCAGCAACAAUCGACCGCUAAACCGCCACCACUUCGCAAGAGGCUGCCACCGGUGGUCGCAGCAGGUCAAAUGGCUAAAACCAGUGGUUUAUCGCCUGGGCUUGAAGGAUGUAAACUGGGCGGAGGCAGUACGACGACGGAGAGCAGUAGCAGUGGCACGGCCAGCGCGGGCGAUCAGCAACACGUCGCUAUCGGCAACCGACCUCUGCUUCAAUUGCCUUUGGGCAGUUGCAGUACCAGCAGCAGCACGACCAGUAGUUCCAGUAGUUCCGGCACCGGAACUGGCAAGCGUUUACCCGGAGGAGCCGCAGAUCCCAAUAAACGCACCUGCCUUACUCCAGCCGAGGCUUUGCGGUUGUACGGAUCCCGUUUGACGGCUUAUGAACGGCUAGAGAUCGAACACUAUCCGGAAAUUUGGUUCCUCGGAUUGGAUGCUCGCAAGAUUCACGGGGAGGAAGGCGCUCCGCAGAACGGCGGCUAUGACGACGAGAACGGCAGCUACCACAAAGUGAUGCACGAUCACGUAGCUUUCCGCUACGAGAUCCUAGAAGUUAUCGGCAAGGGUAGCUUCGGCCAAGUGAUCCGUGCCUUAGACCACAAAACUGGGCAACAGGUGGCCAUUAAAAUCAUACGGAAUAAGAAACGAUUCCAUCACCAAGCCCUUGUGGAAAUCCGCAUUCUGGACCACUUGCGACGGCGGGACAAGGACAGCCUGCACAACGUCAUCCACAUGCUGGACUACUUUUAUUUCCGCAGUCAUCUCUGCAUCAGUUUCGAGUUGCUCAGCCUCAACCUGUACGAGUUGAUCAAGAAGAACAAUUACCAAGGAUUCAGCCUCAACUUGAUUCGCCGCUUCGCCUACUCGCUGAUCCAGUGCCUGAGACUCCUCCGCCGAGAGAACAUCAUCCAUUGCGACCUCAAACCGGAGAACGUGCUGUUGAAACAUCGCGGUUCCAGUUCCAUCAAGGUGAUUGACUUUGGAAGCUCGUGCUACACUCACCAACGCAUUUACACGUACAUCCAAUCGCGUUUCUACCGCUCGCCUGAAGUCAUCCUCGGUCUGCCUUAUGGUCCACCUAUCGAUAUGUGGAGUUUCGGCUGCAUCCUGGCUGAGCUGUACACGGGAUACCCUAUCUUUCCCGGUGAGAACGAGAUCGAACAACUCGCCUGCAUCAUGGAGGUCUUAGAUGUACCACCCGACAACGUUGUCGGACACGCUUCCAGGAAACGGCUCUUCUUCGACUCGAAGGGCAACCCACGUUGCAUCACCAACAGCAAAGGCCGCAAACGACGACCCGGUUCUAAAGACCUGACGUCCAUCCUCAAGAAUUGCGAUCCGGUUUUCGUCAAUUUCGUUUCACGAUGUCUAGAAUGGGAUCCCAACAAGCGAAUGACACCCGACGAAGCCCAUCGUCACGAAUGGUUUGCCGGUGCAGCAGCCACGUCUUCAUCGGGAGCGCCAGCUGCUGCAGCCAGUGCGGAAGAGGCUCCGGCAGGGCAGAAUAAAUGUUCAGAAGACUCUGAAGGAGUUUUUUCAGCUUCGUCGACAGGUUCGACGAGCAGCGUCCAACCGCAGCAGAACGGCGCCGACCGAUCGAUAAUGUACCAAAUUUUCAAGAGCAAGAAGAACAGCAGCCAAUCGCAACAGCAGCAAGAUCAAGCGGACGAAGCUAGUCAACAGGAGGGUGAACAGAUGUCACAAUCAUCACCGACAACGGCAUCGGCAGCGACGCGCAACUCCAAGCGGAUCGACGGCAAUUCGAACUUGGACGAUUCGGGCACUUACCUCCCUUCCAUCCUCUAAA